AUGGGCUGCACACCUUCUCACAGUGAGAUCAGUAGUACUGCUGCAAGAAGUGGUCUUAAGGCUUUGAAUAAACCCCAAAGUGUCCUGCCAAUUGAUUCAAGAGAUAAAGGAAUCCCUCUGCUGGUUAAAGGUUCAUCUUGCUACAAUAUCGAUGAAUAUGGGAUCCAGAGGAAGGACUACCUGGAAGAAGAGGAGGAUAGACUGUCAGAGCAGGAUGAAAAUGAUAAUUUGCAGUUAUCUUCCAAGGCUCAUUCAGAUUCCCAGACUCRCAGGGAAGACAAGAAAAUUGAGAGAACAGCCACAGAUGCUGAAGUCAUUUUGUCUGAGCUGAUUGAAUCUCAAAAGCACAUCACUGAGUCCAUAGAGAUCAGAAAGCAAACCUCCUGUGAAUCAGAAGCAUCAGCUUUCAUCUGGGAUGACAAGAAUGAAAGCAACGGAAAGCAAAUCCCAAAGAAAGGAAAGAAGAAAAAAAGCCAUAAGCUGGCAAAGCAAGGUCAACCUAACAAAAGUAAAGAAAAGUCCAUUUUGGCCCAGUGUGAGCCAGAGGAGAAGGUUGACUUCCCAGAGCUGCUCGUCAAGGCUCACUACAGUGCAUACGCCUACCUAAAUCCCAACCUUUCCAAGUAUGAAACUAUUCUGCACAUGGCCAACCAGGCCACUCAAACUCAGCUCUUCCUGCAGCAGAUGAUCAGYUUUCUUGUGUUUCGCUUCGACGAAAUCAACCAGCUCUUGGAAGAAAUCACCAACGAUGGGGAAAAUCUUCUCAGAGAUGUAGGUGAGAAUCUGGCAUGGCCGGCAGAAAAAGACGGUUUGAAGGAGCACCCUGAUCUUCUGCAACAGCUUCUGCAGUACACGGUCAACAAAAUGCAGUUGGUGAGUGGCAUGCUGGCCUCCCUCACCUCCAAUGCCCUGCAGGAGACAUGCAGCUACCUGCAGUCCGCUGCGAGCAACUUGGAAGGCAAACUGAAAGCAAAGCAAAGCUUUGAUGAGCACCUGCUACGGACAAUAAAGCUGCUUGAAGCCUCRACUGUGGGACCCCCUCAGUCCCAGGGUGAUGACAGGACUCUCUGUUCUGAGGACAGUGGCAUUGGUGUGGACAACGAAUCCCUCAAAGAGUUCAAUGCUCUCAGCCAGCAUGGAGGACAGCCAAGUGAUUCCAGUGCACAUGGACAUCCAUCCCGAAAGCAGGCCAGAGCAGCGGAGCGUGUGAGUGGUGGGACAGCGUCAGCAGGCACAACUGCAUCCCAUGGCUGUACACUCGAAAGGCGUUUUAAAAACAUCUUUCAUUCAUCYGUGCAAAGCAGGGAAGCGCUGUCAUGUCAGGGUGGAAUACCCAAAGGCACUUCCACCAUGCCCCAAUAUUCGAGCUUGAGCAAAAGCCAUUCCUACAACCCCUUGCAGUCUGAUUCUGCUCAGGAAGGUGAACGUUUCAAAAUCUGUGAAUCAACAGAUUUUCUUUCUGAGGAUGAGGAUGAUGAUGAUGAUGAUGAUGAAGGGAGCACCCUGGGGGAGGAUGACGACAACACAAGUUUAUCAGAAAUGGGGAAGGAUGCUCUGCCAAAAAGGUCCCUGUCUUCACCUGCACUCACUGAUAACAUGCAAAGGCAGUCCAUCAAGAGGACAGAGAAUGCAGAUACAGAAGAAAUCAUUUUGAAGAUGAAAGAUGCCAUCAGUGAGAAAAUCAAGUUUGUCCCAGCUAAAUCCAGGCGCAGAGAAUGGAUAGAGGAUGAGAGCGGAAGAGCACUCCUGGCAAAAAGGCCCAGUACGGCAACAGGCAGACAGAGAACAUUUGGGAAACAACGACGGUCCAGGUCAGAGGAGUCCCUCAGAAGCCAGGCAGAGGACCCGACUCUCCUAGAGCUUCAGAGAACUCAAAAGGAGCUCAGCAAAAGGCUGGAGUUGUUGUAUGGAAAGGAUACAGCUAACAACCCAGAGCUCUGGAAAUCAAGAGCAGCACCUUAUUUGCAGGAUGUGCAAAUUACAUCUARAUCCUCUCGGAAACUGAAGGCAGGCCUCUCAAAAAAUUUCAACAUCCUGCCUAAUCAGGAUAAAGCCCCUUUGUUCACGUCUGAUCAAAAUCCUGUCCAUCAGCUGAAUGAAAAGAGAGGCAGGAAGCCUGUAAGAGCUACUGUGCCUACCCAGGUGACAUCAGGAGGCAAAGAAAAUGAGCCUCCUGCACCACAAACGCUCAGURGCAGCAGCUGUACCCCCCGGCAGUCUGUCAAAAAACUUAUUGAAACCUUCAGUCCUUCUGAUGAUCUUGCAAAAGCCGCACCUUUAAGAUCCUUAGGACCAAUAAAGUGCAUCAGAAAAUUUGGACUUCCAGUCUCCCCACCAACCAUUCCCUUUCAGAGAGGCCUGGCACCUUUAAAUCUUAAGAAUCGUAUUUCACCAGCAGAAGACACAAACAGCAAUGAUGUUUCUUCUAGCUUUCCAAAUACCUUUCUUCCUCCACCACCUGCAGAAAUAAGCAAGAAGGACACAAAGGAAGAGACUGAUGAAGACAAUGAGAACCUGCCACCACCACCACCUGAAAUGUUAAUGGACACUUCUUCUGAAAAUUUAUCCGAGCCUGAAGAAACUGCAAGAAUAGAAGGAAAGUCUUCAGAAGAUGACAAAAAGCCCACCAAACCAGAAUUGCAUGCUGCUAAGAGAUCACAAGUUUCCCCAAAAAUGAAAGCCUCCCUUCAGUCCAUUGACUUAUUGCCAAGUAAAAAUACCAGCGGCCCCAGUGCGGUGACUAAUAAAGGUCUGAGGAGUAGCGGGUCAAGGGAUGAGAAACUGAAGAGGUACUCGCUUCAGCUGAGCCCUACCAAUGUGCACAUCCCUAGCCAGGAGAAGAUAUUAGCAACCCAGAGAAAAGAGGCUGCAGAUUUAUACAAGCAAACCCAUAAAAUUAUUCCUCUUCGCAAUCUCAGUGGGGUUUCAAGCCCWCACAGCACCAGCCCAGAGAGCAAGGGGCCCAACUCACCUGUGACUUCGACACCGUGCCAGAAGCAUGGCUCUCCUGAUUCACCCCAGAGCAGUGAGAAAGGCUCACUGUUUGCCAGGAGGGUCUCCCCAACAAGAACUGCUCCCUCUUCUCCAACUGAGAAACGGCUUUUCAGCCCUCCAGCACAUCACAGACACUCUCUGCAGGCUUUCAGCAACACACAGGUGAGCUCACCCACCAUGCAGAGGAAACCCAGUCCCCCCUCUAGCCCCAGAGUGCCCAGCCCACCCUCGCACAAGAAGCUGCCCUCUCCACCACCACUGCGAAAACCAUUCAGCCCUCCUGCGGGGCGCAAACAAAGCUCACCAGUGGGCUCCCCUGCUYCAUUCCCCACCACUCCCUCUCCACCAGCCUCCCCAUCUUGCUCCUACAAGGGACCAAGAGCUGGCCUGGAUGCUGGGGGCGAGCACCAGCUCUCCUCCUCCAAGAGAGGCAGCAAUGUCCAUUCCAUAUUUUGCCCAGCCACCUCUUCCUUAUUCGAGGCCAGACCUCCACUGGUACCCACCCACCCAGCUGCUGAGGUGACCAGCCAGCCUGAAGCUUCUUCACACUCCCAAAAGAGCAGUUUGCUAUUCCAGCAGCCCGGAGACAGGAGCAGAAAGCUGUCCCUGAGCACCCCCAGUCCUCAGCCGUUUGUAAGGAGAAGUUUCUCUGACCGCCGACCAGGGGUCCAGCUUCAUCUUCCAGCUCCUCUAACAGCUGCCAGUGAACCCACACUAAACCAAGCAAGCUUGGAGAGGAGCCCUAGAAAAGCAAGUGACUCUUGGAACAGCUCUGGUGCUCCUGAAAUCAAAGAGUCCAACAGAUCYGCUUCCCACCCCGAGCUCUACAUUGUGGGCCAGGGGCUGCAGAGGGACUGA